AUACCACUUGUUCACCAACUUCCAAGUGCAAAGCUGUGCUUUCUGAUCAUUAUUCACAUCUGUUUGUGGACAGGUUUACAGCAUUAAAUUAAAAUUAGGGUGAUUGAGUCGAAAUAAUAUAUUAAUAUAUGGAGCGCUGGACGAAUCGUGUAGCCAUUGUCACUGGAGCUAGCUGUGGCAUUGGAGCUUCGAUUGCCAAGCUUUUGGUCGAGAAUGGUCUGAGAGUGGUUGGAGUGGCUCGCCGCGUGGAAAGAGUUAAACAAUUAGCUUCCGAGUUGAAAGGAGCGAAAGGUGAAUUGCACGCAGUGCAAGGGGAUGUUACUAUUGAGGAGGACGUGAAGAGAGUGGUCCAAUGGACGAGGGAAAAUCUCGGUGGCGCCGACAUCCUCGUCAACAAUGCCGGUGUUCAAAGAUAUGGAAAAAUUUGCGAGCAGAGCAGUGAUGAUGUUAAAAAAAUCUUUGACACAAACGUGAUUGCUUUAACAGUUUUCACGAGGGAGGUCGUCCAAGACAUGAAGUCCAGAGGAAUUUCCGACGGACACAUUUUUAACAUCAAUAGCGUUUGCGGCCACUAUGUUUCCCAAUAUCCAACUGUCCAUAUUUACACGGCAAGCAAGCACGCUGUUACUGUGCUGACAGAGGGCCUGCGCAGGGAGCUCAGAGAUAUGCAGACCAAGAUCAGGGUCACGAGCAUCAGUCCAGGGUUGGUAAAAACGGAGAUAAUAGUUGCAGCAGGUGGUUCUGAAGAAGUAGCAGCAAAGACAUUUGAGGGAAAUCCAUGUCUUCUACCAGAAGAUAUUGCACAGGCGCUUUUGUACGCGUUGCAGGCACCACCUCACGUUCAAGUUCACGAGCUUAUCAUUCAUGCUACAGGAGAAUCCCUGUUUUAAUCCGGUCAAAAUCAGGUCCCUCUUAAACUGGACACUCUCCCGCCACUGUGUGUUGGUACCGUGGAAUUAAGAAGUCCAAAAGGCCGAUGGAACCAUAUAUAGUUUUGAUUAAACUUCAGGUGAUGGUAAUCAUGAAAUCCAGUGGAUUAAAACCAGGGUCAGUGAUAGCCUUAGUGGCCGUUCAGGGUCUGGAAUAAGACGUAGGAAAACCAGAACCCAAUACUGACAGGGUAGUGUGAUCGAACAAAAUGGGCCUCAAUGCUUCUGGGACGAGGUUUGAGAACACUUGUCCUAGGGGAUGGCAAUAAACGGCCAUAACUGCAAUAGGGGACGUCCACUCAUGGUGCUGCUUGUGGAUGUACGUGCAAAACCAUUUAUAGUGCAGCAACCUUUGAGUUGUGGCGUUAUAUUGUAUUGAUUUAAAUUUUUUAAUCAUGAUUAGGACAUACUGGAUGACGUCGAAACAAUAGUCGAGAAUUAAAACGACUUAUUUAAAGAACAACGAG